AUGGCUAAUUGGAUGUCAGAAUUGCCAGUUGCAGCACGAGAUAAACCGUUAAUGACGCUUGCAAUUCCAGGUUCUCAUCUAAGCGGUACAUGUAGUUUAAAAGAAGAUGGUGAGAUAACACCUGACCAGGCAUGGUGUGUGCGAGUACUCAAUUCAAAUGAUAUGAUUCGCAAAGCAGUGUACAACUGGUCCAAGGUGCAAACAAUGUCAAUUAGAGAACAGCUUGAAAAUGGUGUUCGCUUUCUUGAUGUUAAGGUGGCUUACAUAAAUGAAAGUUUUUAUGUUGUGAAUGGAUUGAGAUCUAUGGAAGUCAGAGAUCUAUUCAGACGAGUAGAUGAAUUUUUAUCAUUGCAUCCGAAAGAAGUAGUACUAGUUGACAUCAAUCACUUUUAUGAAUUUCGGGAACAACAACACAGCAAACUACUGGAUAUGAUCAGUAAUUUGUUUGGUGACCGGUUAAUCAGUCGACCUACGUCAUUGAGAACAGCUAUGAGCUACACACUGAAUAAGAUCUGGAGUUCUGAUGGAAGGGUGAUCAUCUUUUACCAACCAUCACUACCACCCACGAGAACAAGUGAUAUCAAUGGACAUGCUGGUCCUUCUGAGACCAUCAAAUUACCGAAUCAUGUAUGGACUCGACAAUUUAUUAAAAGUCCUUGGCCUAAAACAGAUGAUGCUAAGCGUAUGGUUGAUGAAGUAGCACAGAUUAUACAGUCGAGGGUACUCGAAAAUGGUUUCCAGGUAUGCCAAGCAAUUGUGACAUUGACUGUAAAUUCAAUCAUUCGUCAGCCAACCGGAACGUUCGAGGCGAGAUUCGGACGACGUGCCACUAGAGAAUUAGUUGAUUGGCUAAGACGGAAUGGACAUCGUUAUCGAUCCAAUAUUAAUGUGAUAUUGGUUGAUUUUGUGGAUGAAGAUGACUUCUGUGGCACGAUGAUUGAUCUAAACAAGUAG